UGGGAGGUUCCUAAAUCGUGCUGGGCGCUGCAGUUGUAACUUGGUUCCUCCUUCACAAUCUAGGUUAAAUGUUGCAGCGAAAUUUCUAUAUCAGUACAUCGAGAUAUUCGUGACGCGGAUCAUUUCGCUGAUCGCUUCAAACAUUCGUUGGUGCCGUACAUUAAAAGGUAGGCUACAGUAUAGGCUACCUGGAUGGAGGAAACAGCCGAGAAUGGUCAUCCUGUCAAAUACUAUCGGCUGUCAGAAAUCGAGGAGCGAAAUACGUUCAAGUGUACAUGGAUAAUCAUACACCACAAUAUCUAUGAUGUGACAACAUUUCUGGAAGAGCACCCAGGUGGCGAGGAGGUGUUGCGGGAGCAUGGGGGCGGGGAUGCCACGGAGAGCUUCGAGGACGUGGGACACUCGUCUGAUGCCAGGGAAAUGGCUGCCAGCAUGGUCAUUGGGGAACUGCAUCCUGAUGACAGACCAAAGAUUGCCAAACCACCCGAUUCAAUAGUGACAACAGUUAAGGAAACCCAAAGUUGGUGGAGCAACUGGGUCAUCCCUGGUCUGGUUGCAGCCAUUGUCACAGUGUUGUACCGCAUGUACAUGGAAAUGGAACAGUGACAUUGUUAUUCAACGCCAUCAUCACAGCACAUGUCAAUCAAACUCAUAGAUGUGCAGACGGACAGGUACAUUGGCCAAUUAGGAAGCCCGGUGGCGCCGGACGAGGUGUGGAUUUGUGUUCCAGCCCAGCAUUAACUGCAGCUCUGACCCCAGUCACUUAUCAAACCACUCACUCACCUGAGUUGUUGGUUCUGGUGUUGGUGCUGGGCUUGAAUAGAGGCAUUCACUCUCUGUACGUCUUGUAAGACCAGGACUAGGGGCCAAUCACAAACAACUUUUUACUGUCUCGGUUGAUCUGAAAUAAUUGUGUAGAUAAAGGCAACAUGUCUAUGUGCCUCCUAGAAAGUUAGAAGUGGCUUUCCAUCUUUCUCUGCUCCAGGAGCACCAGUUUCUAUGAGCAAGAACUAGAGGCUAGGAAAUAGGAUUAACUAAGACCCUAGUUUUCUUUUCUCCAUAGCGUCCAAGAUGGAGGACCCCUGGUUGUGAUGUCACCACUUUCUUUAGGACUGUAGGUUAUCCAGCCUGCAGGCAAAUCUAUAGUACCCAGAAAUAAAAUGUAUGCUAAUCCUCCAAUUAUGCAGCAUUGUGCUAUUGUUAAUGAAGGCUCUUGUUUAUGUUGUCCUGUUGAAGUAGAUUUAUAUUUUACAGUAAACAAAUAAAUACUAAUAUUUUGUAAAUGAAAUAUAUUAUCAUUAUUAUAAAACUAAAAUGAAGGGGGUAGGGCUUAGUGGUUAGAGCACUUGACUGCAGAACAAGAGAUUGCUGGUUAAAACCCACUAUACUGUAUCACUUUGGUGAUAAGGGAUAAAUGAAUACAUUAUAUCUUAUCAAAUGCAAAAAAAAACAUCCAAAAGGCAUAUUCAUGCAAAAGCUGUUUAUUUCUCAUAACCAGCAAAAAUCCCAGAGCAAGAUACUCCCAAGUUGGGAGUCAGGUGGCUGAGUGGUUAGGGAAGCGGGCUUGUAAUCAGAAGGUUGCCAGUUUGAUUCCCGGCCGUGCAAGAUGACGUUGUGUCCUUGGGCAAGGCACUUCACACUACUUGCCUCGGGGGAAUGUCCCUGUACUUACUGUAAGUCUCUGGAUAAGAGCGUCUGCUAAAUGACUAAAUGUAAGACGCUUUAGCAAAAAUCUAAACAGUGAAAUGACAGUAACUACUGGGUACUUCCUUAAACUCGAAUAUUCCAUAUGACAUUUCUGUGUGUGAACGAGGCGGAUGUUUCAUAGGAAGCGUUCACAGUUGCAAGCUAAGUAGGCUUACUGAAUUGACCAACUCUACUCUGGCCCCUAAAGUAAUUGCCCCUGACAAAUACUGUACAGCAUGUUGGGUUUAAAUGAAACGUGUUUUGGAUUCACCUGCUCAAAGCUGCUAAUCAUCCCCUGUAAGAGACAUGGGUGUACAGAAAUUUUACAGAUUUGUUUUUACAAUAAAGUGAUUUAUGAAACGUAA